CCGAAAACCCUAGGUCCUGAGCAUUCUGGAGAACUUAUCCCAUACCUGUAUAUGUCUACCGUAUACUGUAUAGAUACACAUAGAUAGGCAAAUAUUUCUGUAAUCCAGGACAGCAACCUACUCUACCCAGACUAAUCCUCUCACAAACAAAUGGAGAAUGGCUUUUCCCUCCAAUUUGCUAAAAUAAUAUCAUAUGUGAAAAAAAUUUGUAUUUCAAGUCCUAUGAAGGUAAAAAAAAGUCUAUGAAUACAGAAAUUUUCAUUUAUCCAUGCUGAUCUAAAGUUCACCCAAUCCUGUGGAAAAAAAUGGAACCUGUGCUGAAAUAACGGUAAUAUGGCCCGUUAUUAUUAAGAGUUAUAAAGUAUUAAGUGUGCCCUACGUUUGUUCUAAUAAAAUGUUUUAUUGUUAAUCUGCAAAUGACUAUACUUUGGCAUUGGUCAAAAACAAACCAGAAAUGUAUAAUCUUGUAGUCUGGUACUUGAAAGCCAGCUUUGCUUAUGACCUACGACAAGUGAGCAAUUAGAAGUAUUAUUCUUUCUAGAGAAAUAUGCAUAUUAUAAUAACGGUAAGUCUAUCCUGCCCACGUCAAGAAUAUGACUCACAAAUAUUUUUUGAACUCCAGUGGGUCUUACAGAAUGUGGAAAUUCUUGUUGCGCAACUCAAGCAGGAGAGUGAUAUAAAAAGGAAUGGGUGCUUAAACUGCCAGCAGAGUUCCCCAGUCAGCUGAAUACAGCACGUGAGAGAAACACAGCAGAUUCCGCACUACCAUUACCAUGGAAACCAAGAGAACUGUUCUGGCAGUCCUGACUCUUUGCCUGUUGUGGUUAACAGUAACUGAAAGCAUGUCACUAACAAGAAUUCAAGAACUCAGGUGUCUGUGCAUAAAGACAGAAAGCAAGCCCAUCCAUCCCAAGCACAUAAAGAAUAUUGAGGUGAUCCCUAAUGGGCCACACUGCAAAAACGUGGAAGUCAUUAUAACUCUGACAAAUGGGGAAGAAGUCUGCUUGGAACCAUCAGCUCCAUGGGUUAAGAAGAUCAUUGACAAAAUCCUAGCUAGCUCUAAGACUCCAGAACCUACUCCUGCUGUUUAAUCAGAUGAUCACACUGGAAUUUAUUUAAGGCAGAACCCGGGAAAUAGAACCGUUCCUUCUAUCAUAUAAUGUGAACAGCCCAUAAACAAUUAUUACUAUUAUUAACAUGUAUUUAUAUAGUGCCAACAUAUUUUGCAGUGCUGUAUCAGUGGUAUCUUAUAUUUAAUGAAAACAUGCUUGACAUAUAUAUUUCACUCCCAAAACACCAUUUAAAAUCUACUGUGUAAUAACAUUAACAAAAACCGGGUUGUCACAACAUGGUACACAGGAAAUGCUUGCUAUUUAUAUUUUUUUUAGAAUAGAUAUUUAUGUAGGGAAUCAGAUAAAAGGUAAAUAUUAAUUAUACAGAUUGAUAUGUGGCUAAAGAACAUUGAGGAAAAUUACAUUAUUUUAGAGAAUUUAGAGAAAGUUAGAGUAUUCUCUAGAGCAUUUUUCAUAAAGUAUUUGACUUGACUUCUGCUCUUUAAAGUUUAUGUUAAAAGAGAAGAAAAUGCAACUUUCAGGCCUUGUAAGCAGAAAUGCUUUGAAACUGUUCCGUAUUAACUUUAGUUUUAUGGCAUAUUUUUUAAAUUGUGUGUUCUAAAGAAAUAUAUUUUCUGAUAUACUUUGAAAUGAAUCCUGAGAACAUAAUUUAUUUAGCAUAUUUAUGUAUUUAUUUUUAAUAUUUUUAAUUGUAUGUUUCACAAUAUGUGUUUUUUCAAUUGUAUAACCUCUG